CCCCCGUCAACAAGUCUAGACUGCAUGGCCAACAUAGACCAUGUCUAGCUAACCAACUGUGGAUCACAGGCAGAUAAGCCAUGAUCGAUUCCGCCUGACAACGGAAGGGGUCGAUCCAUGGGGAUCUGAGCGAAUCCAUGGCCCUGACUGGAGGAAUGAGCGGGCCCCCACGGCUCUAUUCAAACCCCAAAAGGGUAACGCUUCGUCUGACUUCCCCCCAAAGCAGCAAAAUUAAACUCUUUCCUAGCAGCAUCUUUCUUUGAUCUUGAGUUACCUGCUAAUUGAGCUAGCCAGCUAUGUCUACUUCAAUGGCCAGGUUCCGCCGCUGUCGCGGAUUCGCAUCGCAAAAAUUGCUGCUGGUCUUAGCACUGCUGCCAACAUACGAUCUAUCCGAACUGUGCCUUCGCAUAUUCUCCCCUUUUUUGCGAAGAUGUCUUGAUCCAGGCUACUCUCUGGUCCUAUUCAACGCCUCAAAAGCAGUUUUCCAAGGGAGUCCGUGUUUGGUACAGGCCACUCUUCCUGAGUAACCUAGCCCCCUGGGGUAGGCUGCACUCUGAUACACUUUUGAGCGGCAGCAGAUGGGUGACCCCUCAGCGACUAUUUAGUUCUCAGCCUUUUCUCGAAACAUACUCUUAGAAUUGACUGGAUUAUUGCUUCCUUCCUUCAACAAUUAAGCACUCGUCCAUUAUAUCACCCUCGGAAACCCGUUCAACAGAUCUCCAAUUCAACCCAAGUCCAGAUCCCUGCCGUGAACAGUCAUGGAUGAUAUCGAUAAGCGUUACCCUAUGGCCACGGUCAUUCCGGUGCUCUCGUUUCUUUCAAUUGCCGUCUGCAUCACGCCGCUUAUUCUGCAUGCACAGAACCGCAAUCUACCCGCCUCGAGUCUCAUUUGCUGGACUAUUCUUCUGAAUCUGUUCAACAUCAUCAAUGCCUUUAUCUGGCCUACGGACAAUGUCGACUCGUGGUGGGAUGGAACUGGACUUUGUGAUGUCGAAGUCAGGCUCAUGGUUGGCAGCUAUGUCGCUUUUCCUGGUGCCCUGGUUGGCAUCUUCCGUGGUUUGGCAAUCGUCUUUGAUACUGCGACUGCUACGCUAGUUCCGAGCAAGGCCCAACGCUGGCGUAAACGGGCCAUGGAGCUGCUCUUCUGUGUAGUGGUCCCAGUCAUUGCAAUGGUUACCCACAUUGUGUGGCAGAAGAGUCGGUACUUGCUCUUUCCAAUUUCGGGCUGUGUGAAUAACUUUGACGAGAGCUGGGUGAGCCUCGUGCUGGCAUACAUUUGGCCGCCCAUUAUCUGCUUGAUCGCCGCGUACUACUGCUGCCUGGUACUCAUUCGUAUGCGCAAAUACCGCAGCGAUUUCAGUCUCAUCCUGCGUUCCGCCAAUAGCCGAAUGAGCAAGUCCGGCUUCCUGCGACUGUUCUUCCUUGCUUUUACCAUGCUCGUGGCCAUCUUGCCUAGCGAGGGUUAUGUCGUCUACUACAACUUGAUCCUCUCUUUCCCCUGGCACCCAUACUCAUGGAGCCGAAUCCAUGGACCGGAGUGGUACCAAAUUACCAAGUAUCCGACCCAAGGACAAGUCUUUUUCGACCGCUGGACCCCAAUUGCCGCAGGGUUCAUGCUUUUCAUCUUCUUCGGCUUCGGUCGUGAUGCCACCCGUAUUUACCGCAUGUUCCUCUGGAGCAUCGGCUUCGGAUACUGCUUUUCCAGCUUCGCUCGUCCAACUGACUCGCAGGCUACCGGGGGCUCUCAUUCGACCACUCUGGUUGGGUCGACCCUCAGUCGAGCCAAGCUACUGUUCAGUUGGCGCAAGGGUUCUGCUUCACGUUCCGGAAAUGAAAAUACUCUAUCUUCCCAUCCCGACAUCUACAGCCAACUCGAAAAGGGCUCCCGCUCUCGAUCCCGCUCCCAGCACAGUCGCGGCCGCAAAAGUCCCACACGACGAUGGUUCCGCAUGCCAUGGUCUCGCUCCAAGAAUGGAGGCCGCCACAAUGAAGACACUCUGUUGGAUGAUUUGUCUGGUCCCUCGCAAACGGUUUGCACUACUGCAUGGGCGGGUACUAGUCAAAGCCGUGCUAGCAGUGAGAUUAAUGUCCCUGCUUCCUCUGGGAGCAAGGAAGGCAUUAAGUGUGGAUGGAUUUCUGCAAGUGACUUUUCUUGAUUCUAGACAUCUUCGUGCCCAGUGCCAGUUCAUCAUGUACUUUUAGAUUGUUCUUCUCGAUUCAAAGCCUCGGCCAAGGCUAGAUUUCUGGCACAAACUCAAUGCACACAGUUUCAAUUACAUCCGUUCGAAACCUUCCCAAAAUAGUAGUCUCUUUUACACUGGACACCACCAUUUAGUUGAUCCGAGAUAAUCCACAUGGGAAAGGAGUGUAUUCAGGGUAUACUAGUACAGUAAAAUCACAGGGUAAGAUAGACAAGAGAUCCGACUUUAUGGGAAACGAUCCGUACCAGGCACGCAUACACAUGGUCCCGGUCAGAUCUAGUACCCAACAUCCAGAUACUUAGAUCCACACACGCUCUCCAAGAACGCCAGAAAUUAUAGCCGCAUCGAUCAAAGCCGACUUUAUGUGAGCUAGGGGUUGAAUGGGUAGCCCAUCUAGUGCUCCUCGGAGCUGUUCGUGGGGCGGCUGAGGACCUCGAGAGAGCCUG